AUGCCGUUGUCCAAGCAGCGAUUCGCCCGUCCGCCAACGCCACCGGAUACUGACACCACUCUGCGCCGCUCUGAGCGCUUCUACAAACGCAAGGAUAUCCCUUUAGAUUUGAGCGAUGCGUUUGACUGGUUGAGAGACGACAGCAGUGCUGUGAAGAUUGGAGACAAGUGUUACACAUUCGAAAACCACCCAGGUUUGGUUUAUCUGCCCAAUUAUCUCAAUGAACACGACCAGAAACGGAUGAUAAAGCUUAGCUUGAGGGACAUCCCAGCACCACCUAACAGAAACAGUCUCGAUGCUCACUACAAGAUUCCUACCGAAGGCUUGUGGCAUCAUUACGCUGCCAAUACGAAAACUGAUGUCGCGGUACCACGAGCAGCGACAGAACCACCUCGCGAGAUGCCCUCUUACUAUGCUCCGAGCGGUGAGCGGCCUCUGAUCAACAAUCAACCUAGCACAUUCGAGGCAUUGAAGCAAAUAGCGCGCGAACAUAAUCCGGAAAUUCCCCCAAGCCCUACUGUUAAACCACUUAAUGGCGAAAGGGCCAUGUAUAAACUCCGCUGGACUAAUAUUGGCCACUACUACCACUGGGGAUUGAAGCAGUAUGAUUUCAGCGUCAGAGAUCCACAAACUGCCGGCCCUAUCGCUAUACCGCAGCCUGUGGCUCAAGUGUGCAAGGGCGCUGUAGAAGCUAUUCCCUGGCAGCGUACAUGUGUUGCAGAAGCAGCCGAGGAGUGGAAAAAGGGAUAUAAACCAGAUGCUGGCAUCAUCAACUACUAUAACCUCAAUGACACACUCAUGGCACACGUCGAUAGGAGCGAGGUUACCUCCAGUCUUCCUUUGGUGUCGAUAAGCUUGGGUCACUCUGCUGUUUUCCUUAUCGGCGAUGACGAGCGGGAGUCGAUAUCGCCUCCAACCCCAAUUGUUUUGCGCAGCGGUGAUGUCGUCGUCAUGUCAGGUCCUACGCGAAGAAGCUAUCAUGGCGUGCCGCGUAUAUUAGAACGCAGUCUUCCUCCACACUUACAAAACGAACAAGAAGACGAUGAAUGGGAGCCUUUCGCGCGCUAUCUCUCAACAGCACGUAUUAAUGUCAACGUUCGUCAGACUGGAUUAUCGGAUCAGCAGAUAGCAGAACUUGUAUCAGUAUAA